GAGUACUCCGUAGUUCGAAUCCGUCUGGGAUUGCCAGCCCUUGACUUAAGCAAGCUGAGGCUUCACUAGUUCCUCUAGUUACCCUCAAACCUCCUAAGCUUCACACCCAACCCACCCUAAGCCACGAAUAAGAUAAGCGGCUAGCUUUGGCCAGGAUUCAUUCAUUCCCAUUUCGCCUUGGGCAGCUUAACCCUUGAGAAGUCACAAACCAAGCGCGCUCCAUUAUUGUUAUCAGCUUACUCGCAAGAAGAGUGCAAAGGGCCUCCCUUGCCUCGAGAACCGAUCGAAUCCUAUCCAGAUUCCUCAACAACGCUCCAGCCCUGAGAUAACUACUCUCCGAAUUCUUUGGCCAAGUUUUAUUUUUAUAGUUUCGGAGAGUGAAUGCGUCAAGGGCUACAGCCACCCACCCGGGGUCCCUUUCUUCUUUUUUAUUCUUUUUGUUCUUCUUUCUUCUUUCUAUUUAAUUCAAGCUGCCGAAUUAUACCGGGUUCAAGAAUAAGGCUUUCGACUCUUAACGGCUUUACAACCAAUGCCUGAGGUGGGAAAGCUCCUAGGUUGGAGAUCCCGGAGAUGAGCGGGCGCACCAUGCGGAAAUAAUAAAACACUUCUCAGUCCGAACCGGCGAUAUGGCGGGGGUAUUCGGUAGGCAUCUAGAUGCACCCACCCAGUUGAUAGAAAGGCUCUUCAACCAUCCAAAGCGAGGCCUCAGUGGUUCAAAACUUACUAUUCAUCAUCCACGAGCGAAUGGAAGAUUAGGUUGCCCAAUAUUUGCAAAAUUCCCAAUGCUGCAGCCGUUUCGUCCUUAUCUGAACUUUAAAAUUAGGUACCAACGUCCGUUUCAUUCUUGUUGCCUCUUCAGCUCGGUGUCUCAAGGGAGCUCACUACUGAAACAUGUAGGCAUUCUUUCCAUCAUCACCUAGGGACAGAAGGGUUGAAAACGGCCAUAAAUCAUAAAGGCCCAGCGCCGGUUGAACGGGGGGGGCCAGGCUACCUUGAGACAGGGCUGCAGCCUGCAGGGAAACUCCAGGAUGACAAUCGCCUUGGGUGGCCCCGGUUCUAAAAAUACCUAGUGCUGGGGGUAGGGUAGGUAGGGGGAGGGUUUUACGUAAGUAGGCGUAUCAAACUCUUACGCUCGCAUGCUCCGAAAAGGGAAUGUCGCGCCUGUGGUUUUGUCACCAGGCUGCAUUAUCUCCAGGGUCUCUCGUUUCAUUUGUUCACUGGUACCGGGGUUCUUCCUUUCUGGAAGAGAAAGAACUCGCGAAACUCAUGUUGGGGAGUAAAGAUGUUUUUGGUUGACGGACUGCUCGCGGUAUCUUUCCCCUGUCAUAAUCUCGCACGCAAAUCCCGAAAAAGAUACCACUACCAUGACAUUUCCAAGGGCCACCUGUGGGCGCGGAAGUUUAUCUGGAGCUAUAUACUGCUCACGUUAUCUACUGGUGUCCUAUGGGAUGCCCGUGAUUACCACAUUGAGCGGCAGGGAAGAUAGGAUCGGAUCAAUUACAUACGUGGCAAGAGUUUGUGACAUCUGCGUGUAAUUUUUUGAAAAUGCCAAAGAGUCUUCUUAUCAAAGGAAGAAGCGGACUGCUUCAAUAUCGCUCGCACCAACUGAUGUGUGCCAUUAGCCGCGCCUGAUCUCAAUUGAGUUUCCCUGCCGAUCUCCGACCGGUAACCGAAAUCCUUGCUAUGCUCUCUCCCUAGUGCUUACAGAGUAGUGAAGUUCAUAUGGAGCACUGCACCACCAGGAUAUUGGCCAGGCAGAAAGAGCGCAAAAAAAAAAAAAAAAAGACAAAGAAAACCCGGGGGGGCGGGGUGGUUUGCAAAUGUAGUUAAUAACGCAAGCCCCAUGUUCUCAUUUUUCGAAGCCGGCCGGUUUAUUCUACAGCUUGAUCAGCCCGCCCGACUCUCUCUCUCUCUCUGGAUUUAUGCAUACUUAUUCGCACAUGCAUGACUUGUUCUGUCUAUACAUCUGCCGUCGGUAUGAUGAUACUCGUUCCUCAUAAGUCUACCGUUGAAAAGAUCUAUUCCGCCCCGCAGAGAAGACAAUGUAUGUAUGUACAUGUACAUACAUACAUACAUGGAACCUGCUGGUGCCUACGAAGGGUAUUCAUGGCUUUUGACCUUUCAUGGUUAUAACAAUGCCAUUGACGGCAAGGCAAGCAAACCAAACAGGCACCAUUCUCGGUUGUGCCAUGCCCGCCGUGCAGUGGUACAGAAUAGCAAUGUAAAACCAGUGUUGAACGAACUUCCGUCUUUGGAUAAUAAUAGCCCAGCUCAAGUACCAAGUAGCCGUCAUAUUUUUUUUAUAUUUUUUUCUAAAGAAGGCCGUGGAAUGGAGCCCCGGCUCAUGUUUUUUUUUUCUUUUCUUUUUUCUUUUCUUUUCUUUUCUUGCUCUUACCUUACCCUACUCCGUCUGCUUCCUCGCAAUAUUCGAAAUUACUUAAAUAGGUAUAUAUAGUUCUCCGCAACAAGGCAGCGAGUGAGGUUAGCUUUGUCAUGGGAAUUAGAUUAACACGCUGCUCCAUUAUCAUCAACCUUUUAACCGGACUGUUCUUGGGCGUCUGUGUUUCUCUGUGUUUUGGUGGCACUAGUUAUCCAUUCAGAAUGCAGGCGGGGGGAGCCUGACGGAGGUCGCUUGCAAAACUAUACAAUUAUAAGGGACCACCAUUAUUCGGUUUCAAUUCCUCAUAACCUCCGUAAAAAUGGAAGGUAAAGAAAGUUGUUUAGCAGAUUUCAGGCCGAAGAGUCAGUGACUCGUAUUUAGCUAGCAACCUCCCUGCAUCGAGCCUAGAGGACUUUAAUUCCACAUCUUCAUCCCACACACCCUUCUUCUUUUUCCUCCUCCUCUUCCUCUUCCUCCUCUUCCUCCCUUUCUCCUCUUCCUCCUCUUCUCCUCAUCCUCGUCAAUGACCCCUACAACUCAGCCCAGUCAAUCAGUGGAACAAGCAUUCAGGCAAUUCGAUGACCUCACUUGACUCACUCUGGCGACUGAAGAAUCUAGACCAUCUCCACCAGCCCAGAAUCAGCUGCCCUUUGUCUGGGACAGUCAGGAAUCUCGAUGUAGCCGGGUUGGGGCCUCGCCACAGUAUGUGCUGGCCGUGGCGAUGCAGCCAAUCAUUGCGGCGUUUGAAAGAUAUUCUCGCUUGUCGGGUUUCAAAGACGACAUUUAACAGGAAUUCUGUCACAGAACUUGCGUUGGACUAAAGACUUCGCAACUUCGGCUCUGGCUGGACAGGUGUCAAUAUAGGGCGGGGUUUGUCAAACUAGUGUUCUUAUUUUUGGUAUUGGAGGUCAAUCAUGAGGCAGGCAAUAAUGAAUUAAUGGCAAUGGCAUGGUAUGUACUAUUCAUAGAACUUGGCUGUGCCGAGAUCGAAAACAGUUUUUGAGGAGCUCUUUUUUAUCAUGUCGCAGAUAGUCAGGUCAACACAACCCGUACGUACAUCAUUCGAUGAACCAUUGAAGGUCUGUAUGUAAUUGGGAAAAAGCGUUGGUUGACAGGAAACGCCACAAGCCAUAAAUUCUUGUCAACGAAGAACGAGUUGGCUCGAAACUCCGUUUUCAGCCUUUUUUUCUUCAAGCAGCCUGCCUGGUUUCAACUCAAAAGGAUACUUGAAGCUAGAAGUUCCCUACGACCAAUUUUUUUUUUUGUUUUUAAACCGCUUCCAACCUCCCACAAGUCGCAGUCUUUCGGAAGCCUAGUAGAGGGUAACUAACCCGCUGGAGACGUGCUCGCUAGGUUAGCAGGAUGUGGAUGAAGAUGACCCUCUACGCUGUACGCAAUUUCUUCCUUUUUGCGCUGCCAGAGGAAUAGGCUCCUCUCCAGGGUUUCAAUACAAGGAUGAGCAGGGCAGGGGGAGGUAUUAAGUGUAUCAGACCUGAUGGAUUAGUGCCGCCUCGUUGUCUUGAGUGUAUGGUCAACCCAAAGAAGCACCAUAAUUCACCUAUCUCUUUGUGUGUUUUAGUAUGGUUGGGAUAUUGCUGCUUGAAUUUUUUGAUAUUGGAUUUUGUCUCUAAUUCCGGCCUGCUGCUUGCAAUUUCGUUCAUCUCCUCCUUCAUCCAGCUGUCAUGUCACUAUUUCCACCCCGUUUAAUUUCCUUCCUUCUAUCAUCCUCAAGAACGACCCCUGCAUGAUAUGGCUAUAGGGUCCGCUUCAGUCCCGAGAAACUCUCCGGAAACCCUCCAUACAGGUGGAAACUGGAUCACACGCCCAAAUACUCGGAUUUCUUUCGUUCUCCAUUCAACAAAGGGGUCAUGAAGAUUGGUAUGCUAGAGACUAAAGCCUUUCCCACUGCAUCAGCCCAGUUUGAAUGGCACAUUUUGAAUAAUGAUACCAUCCUUGAGACGCGGAUGCGCUCGUGAAGGAAAUAAUAAUGGGUCGGUCCCCCGGUAUCUGUCAAUCAAGCAGAAGCCCUUGCUACGCUCCAUAUACCGAAUGUGAACUGACCAGAGACUCUAUUGCUGGGAACGGGAAGAAACACUGUAUCUUUCCCUGGCGGAUCCCCAGGGAUAAAGAAUCCAGGCGUAGAGGGCAAAAAGCGCAUCUAUUCAUCAGAAUAUUCCAACUUCCCCCUCAUCCCUUCUCUGACAUGCGGAAACAUCCUCCUGUCUGGUAUGACAUGAUGGAGGGUGUCCCUAAUAUAUUAUUACAGGCGCAUGAUUUCAUACAGCCCGUGGAGUCCAAUUCAGCCUUCCGCCCUAGACAUUUUGCCCAUCGUUCCCCAACUCCAUCCUCCACUGUAUCCAAACUUUCCCCCAAGGCAAAUUCAUGUCUCCGAUUAUCAGUACCGCCAAAGGCGGAGUUUAUGUAAAUUGUUAGCUUUGGAAGGAGUCGGAUUAGGAAUAUCUGCGGGGAAAAUCUCGUGAAAUAUAGAAUAAAAAGGAGAUACAAAAAUUAAUAUAAUAUAUAUCCGAGAUACAAUAAAAUGUAUCCGUCUCUGGGGAAUUUUUUUUUUUUUUUUUUUCAAUUCGCUCGGCUCAUGCUCAUGUCAUGUGAAGAUUCACAUCAAGCCAACCUUAGAAAUGUACAUGUACAUAGUGUCUCAAUUUCCCACUUUGGAAUCGCAGCAUAAAUCAUAAAUUCACCGCUCCCGUAUGUGGCGACAGAAAAGACACCCCCUGGCGUUUGUUCUCUUUUAGUGUUUGAAGCUGUCCUCUCUCUUUAUGCGCGUCACACGAGUAAAGUUUGCCAAGGUUGUGUGCAAGGGAAAGUGGGCGGCGGGAAUGGAUGUAAAGAUUUUCUAUGGGCAGGGAACUUGAGGUGGUGGCUUCGGGAUCUCUCCGCAUGCAGUCAUUUCUUUGACAUAAGGCGUGGAAACUCAGUAUUUUCUCCCCCAUUGAUUUCUAUCUUUAGGAUAAUAAUGGCCUUGCUGAGGCAUUUGCCUGAUGACGAUGUUCUUGGUGCCAUUGCGCGGCCAAGAAAAGAGGGCUGGCAUGUUGCUGUUUUCUCCUUUACAUACUGCGGUGUGGGUGAGUACCCAGGGUGGUUGUUUUAGUAUGAAUCAUGGAGUUGCGGGUGCAAUUUCGAAAAUAUGCAAUGGAGCGGUGAGAAUCCUCUCUGCCUCGUGUUGAUACGUCGUUUAUCUUCGUUGCUGUUCAUGGAUGCAUUGGUGCCCAGGGAGUAUCUCGUGACCGCAGUCUCAGAUCUGUGAGAGUAGUGGGCAUACAUUAUUGGUUGUUGACAUAUGAAUGAUGCCAAUGUCUGAGGAUAAGAGGAUAUAUGUUGUACAAGCCUCGUUUAUGUAAAAUAGUUGCAUCCCUUGCUAUUGGCUUAUCGAAGUGGUUGUGUCAACUUAUUCAGUUUGCCUAGCAGCACCAAAUUUUUGGCAAGGUGGUUGAGCUAGAAUUCCGAAAAAUAUUGGCAUAUUCCACUUUCCAUGACCAGAUAGAUGGAGGGAAGGCUUGAGUGAAGAACGGUGAUGAGUUUGGGAAAUUUCAAAUUAAUAUUCUGAUAUCGGUGGAACAGAAAAACAAGUGGAAACCUCGUACAAAGGUUCAUUCACCAGAUAGCCAUCAUCAAUAGAAAGACUCCAAGAAAAAGGGACACAUCCUUGACAGUGCUGUGCUGAUAGAAAUAAAAAUUUGAUGAAGUCAUGCAGCUCUUCAAUUGAAGAGUACCCUGCUGACUGAACACGAGAGGGCAAGUCUAAAACAAACUACACCAAAUGAUUAUGUUAGAAUAUCAUUCCACUGUCGUGCAUCGGAUGCGCCAGAAUAUGAGGAGUGAAAUGUUGGAUAAACCCUCAAGUUCAGAAAUAUUGGAGUUUUGGAGCUUUCCCAAUCCAUGAAAUACCUUUCGUCCCGACAGUAGUCAUAAUGGUCGCUGAACCAUCAUUCACAUGUAUAAUUUGUCUGGCGCUGCCAUACUAUUCUUGACCAGCGAUAUAUGACCAGGUGUGAACAAUGGCCUUGAGUCACCAAUAAAUCCUGGUAGAUCUCGUAAAGCACCACACAUUUCGUAGUCCUCUGUGCUUACAAACUCGCGCCGCCCCUUCACCUGGUCCGCAAAAUCAGCCCCAAAACGGAAGAGACUGUACCCAUCAAACGUUUCGGACCAUCUCGGUUUGUGAGAGUAGAUGAGAGCAAGAAACACAGACCCUAUUGUCCAGGGAACCAGUAGAUACAAAGGAAUCCAUAUAUUUUUCAACGGGCCACGGGUAAGGACUUUUCCCGGCGUUGUGGUGGUGAAGUUUUCGUGCGUGAAAAAACUGCGAGAAUGAUAUUCGGAACUUGGAGCCUCAGAAGAGCCAUUGGAAUAACGGAGAUACUGUGACAGGUUGUCGUACUUGGCAACUCCAUCGUACGCCAAUUCCAAGGCGAAAGCAGCAUGGGCUUGGAGAACAGAGUUCCUGAGUUGCGUGGACUGGAUGUAGCUGGGAGCUAUCACUUUACGUCUGUUGCCAGGAUCAAUGUACCCUGGACCCUCCACGGAUGAAAGUACAUUUUGUGGCCCUAUAGAACCAAGAGCUCGGUCAUAUUCGGCCAAUUUAAAUAUCAGAGCUCUGACUGCGCCAGGGCCAAAGGGUGGAGCCCCAAGUAUUGUACCCACAGCGGGUAUAACAUCAUGAGGUUUGAAGUUGGUGAACGUGUUGGACAUGCCGUCAACAUCAGCGAUCCCGAAAUCAGACGCGGAAGUACACCGUAUGCCAAUGGCAACUUUCAUAGUGUUGGUGGAAUUACUCCCACCGGUCGAGUGGUGUUCAAGAUGGUACUUCUCUGCAACAUCAGGAAUAGGUUCGUCGACCUCCAUGCUCACUUGACCAUGG